GAAUAUGAUAAAAGAUAAGAACAAGGUAGGGUGGCGGUUGGGGGAAGCAGAGCCCCGAGCCUGAGCUAACAGAGGAGAAUGCAACCCUACAGUAUGAAUGCAAUAGUGAGAGUUGGAGGGAAGCUGGUGCGGGAAGAGAAGUGCCGGGACAGGAAUUUGAAAAUGACUUUAGCUCGCCUGCGCUUCUGCCGCCUCGUCCUUCUGAACUUUCUCCUGCACAGUCACCGGACCGCUGCGGACGAAGUUGUUUUGCUGGAUUCUAAAGAGUCACAAGCUGAAUUGGGAUGGACUGCUCACCCGUCAGAUGGAUGGGAAGAGAUCAGUGGAGUGGAUGAAAACUAUAAACCAAUUCGCACUUAUCAGGUCUGUAAUGUCAUGGCUCCCAAUCAAAACAACUGGCUUCAGACUGGUUGGAUUACACGGAGAAAUGGCCAGAGGAUCUUCAUUGAGCUGAAGUUCACGUUAAGAGACUGUAACAGCAUCCCAGGAGUGGCUGGGACGUGCAAAGAGACAUUUAACCUUCACUACAUUGAGUCAGACACCGAUCUCGGUGGAAACAUUGAAGAAAGCCAGUAUGUGAAAAUUGACACCAUCGCAGCGGAUGAAAGCUUCACGCAAGGAGAUCUUGGAGAACGCAAAAUGAAACUCAACACAGAAGUUCGAGAAAUUGAGCACCUUGGCAGGAAAGGAUUUCAUCUCGGCUUCCAGGACGUAGGGGCUUGUGUGGCACUGGUCUCAGUGAGAGUUUAUUACAAAACCUGCCUUUCCACCGUGCAAAGUCUGGCUGUCUUCCCAGACACAGUGGCAGAAGCUGCCUUUUCGACGCUGGUGGAAGUGCGAGGAUCGUGCGUUAAUGACUCGGAAGCUGAAAUGGGAAAUCCGCCGAGGAUGCACUGCAGUGCAGAAGGUGACUGGUUAGUACCGAUUGGGAAAUGUACUUGCAGUGCUGGCUACGAGGAGAAAGAUGGCAGGUGUGAAGCUUGUCCACCGGGGUCGUACAAGAUGGCGGCUGGAGAAGCAGCGUGCUCCUGGUGCCCUGAGCAUAGUUACACAGAAGAAGCAGGAUCUGUGCAGUGUCACUGUAAGGAUGAUUACUAUCGACUGGCUUUGGAUCCUCCAUCAGCCCCCUGUACCAAACCCCCAACUGCUCCACAAACUCUCGGCUACAGUACCAGGCAUGCGACGGUGCUGUUAGACUGGAAGCCCCCUGAGGACAGUGGGGGUCGGACAGAUGUCAUGUACAACGCUCUGUGCAGUACCUGUGCGGUGACCCUCCAGACGUGUGGGCCGUGUGACAGCCGCAUUGAGUUUGUCCCCCAGCAGCUGGGAUUGGUCGAUACGGCCGUCACUGUGGUUAACCUGUUACCAUACGUCAACUACACCUUCAGGGUGGAGGCUGUGAACGGAGUAUCGGACCUGAGUCCCGCUCCGCGGAUGUACGUGGAGAUUACAGUGGCCAUAAGCGAAGGAGGAAUAUUACAGGUGACGGAUAUCAGGACAGAGCGUGUUGAACAGAAGAGUGUUACCUUGGCAUGGCAAGAGUCCGACUAUUCCAGUGACAAUGAUACUGAAUACGAGAUCAAAUACUAUGAAAAGGAACAGAACGACCAAAGUUACUCAACAGUAAAAACUGCGUCAACGACCGUGACCAUUAAUAACCUGAAGCCCGGGACCCUCUACGUGUUCCAAGUCCGAGCUUUCUCGUCCACUAACUAUGGGAACUACAGCCCAAGCAUUGAGGUGCAGACAUUAGGGGAGCUUGCCAUGGCAACCAGUGAGCAAAAUCCUGUGAUAGUGAUCGCUGUGGUUUCAGUGGCCGGCCUGAUUGUUCUGGUCUCCAUGGUCUUCGGAUUUAUCAUCUGGAGAAGGCAUUGUGGGUACAGCAAGGCCAGUCAAGAUGGAGAUGAGGAGCUUUAUUUUCACUUUAAAAUUCCAAGUCGAAGAACCUAUAUUGAUCCAGAGACAUGUGAAGACCCCAUCCAAGCAGUGCAUCUUUUUGCCAAAGAACUGGACCUUUCCUGCAUCAAAAUUGAGAGAGUUAUUGGAGGAGGAGAGUUUGGGGAAGUUUGCAGAGGUUGCCUUAAGCUCCCCAGUAAGCGAGAGCUCCCAGUGGUCAUCAAAACACUGAAAGUUGGCUGCUCAGAGAAACAGAAGCGCACCUUCCUGACAGAAGCAAGUAUAAUGGGGCAGUUUGAUCAUGUGAACAUCAUCCGGCUCGAAGGAGUUAUCACAAGAGGUAAACCCAUGAUGAUUGUAAUUGAGUACAUGGGAAAUGCAGUGUUAGACUCCUUCUUGAGGAAGCAUGAGGGCCAGUUCACAGUUAUUCAGCUUAUUGGGAUGCUGUGUGGAAUAGCGUCUGGAAUGAAGUACCUCUCUGAGAUGGGUUACGUACACAAAAUCCUGGCAGCCCACAAAAUCCUGGUCAACAACAAUCUGGUGUGUAAAGUGGCAGGUUUCCGACAAGCACAUGAAGAGAAGGUGGACUCAGUGUUCACAACUAUGGGUGGGAAAGCCUCUGUCCUAUGGGCAGCUCCAGAAACCAUCCAGUACCACAGAUACAGCACAGCCAGUGACGUCUGGAGUUUUGGGAUCGUCAUGUGGGAGGUGAUGUCCUAUGGAGAGCGACCUUACUGGGACAUGUCUAACCAAGAUGUAAUUAAAGCAGUUGAAGAAGGUUUUCGUCUCUCUGCUCCCAUGAACUGCCCGUCUGGGCUCCACCAGCUCAUGCUGGAGUGUUGGCAGAAGGAUCGUAACGAUAGGCCCAAAUUUGCACAGAUUCUGAGCAUCCUUAACAAGAUGGGACGGAAUCCCGACAGCCUGAAAACCAUCCCCAAUGGCUGCGUCAGCAGCAGACCUCAGAACCUGCACAUCCCCCUCAUGGACCAAACCUUCCCAGCAUUCCCAUGCUUUGACUCAGUGGGCGAGUGGUUGGAUGCCAUUGAGAUGGGCAGAUACAAGGACAAUUUCACUGCAGCUGGAUACUGCUAUCUGGAGUCAGUCGCCAGAAUGACAGUUCAGGAUGUAAUGAGCCUGGGGAUUACAUGUGUUGAACACCAGAAACAAAUCCUGAGCAGCAUUCAGACUCUACGAGCACAGGUUAUACAAAUGCAUGGACGAGGUGUUCAGGUUUGA